CUGCACUUGUCGCCUCCCUGCAUUCUCAAGUCUCAACCAGGGCAAAAAGUAAAGACUACCUAAGAGCACGACAACGACUUAUCCUAGUCCGCCUUAUACUCAGCAUGGUGACGUGAUGCGCACUGAUAUCGAAAUACUACCUUGUAUUACAGAAAUUCCUCCGCUUUACGGGUGAAAUAAUCUUCCAAAAUGGGCAGAUUGGACCCUUUGACUUCACAAGCGCUUGGUCGCUCACCAUACGAUGAUGUGGUUCCGGGCGAGGGCCCAGCAAACCUGUUCGGCUACCAGCAAAUGUACGAUGAGCGAGGUCGCCCCAUCAACCCCGAGACCAAACGCAUUAUCAGGGAUGUCAUACGGUCUCAUAAUGAGGUGAUGGAGGUCAUUGGCGUCGCCGAGCCCGAGAAUGGCGUACCCGAUGCACAGGCCGAGGCAGCUCUUAGGCACCAUCAGUACGAGGACCGCAUUGGCCAAAGGCUGCUGCUGGUUGGAGGGGUGCUCGAGACGGCAUCCCUCUGGGGUGUUAACGGCAUGAGAAAACGCAUUCUAUUAUACAAAGAAUUCUCCCAUGCCACCUUCUACGGCAUGUUCCAGCUUGUCUGGAAACGGCAGUCUCUCACCUCUUAUUUCCUCGGCGGCUUGCCGUCAUUUGUAGCGAGGAUAGCUUUGGAACAGCUCUCGUUCCCGGCUUCUAGAGAAUACCCAGUGGUUCGAUACAUGUCCUCAUACAUCCGCCUUCACCUUGCCGCCUACACAGUCUUUCAGCGGAUGGGCAUCAUUCCGCUCAACGACCUGCUCCCUAAUUGGCGAUUCUUCGUCCCUGGAACAAGCAUAUCCCUCAUCCCGCUUCCCCCGGCUCCCGAUUCGUUUGGUCCGGGGUGCCUUCUCCAGUGGGCCAGCACCUUUGCCGUGGGCCUAGCACCUUUUGCGGGCUUCUACCUGUACACCAAGGCAUACAGCCUCAUUACCCGAACCCUUCGCUUCAAGAUAUACAGCUUACUACCCCAUCCCCAGAACACAAGUAAGAGUAAACAGCCCGGUGAUAGGGUGACUGAGCAGUCCGGCGCAGAUAUGGCCAUUGAAUACAGGACUGAUGAGCCGCUCGAAAUCUUUGACCCACUAUCUUCCCCUUCCUCCAGCGGCCCCCCGCCUUCCCAUCGCCGACAAAGCACUGUCUCUCUCCGCAGCCCAAACACCCGCGCCAACGCUACAGCCGGUCCCGUCCCAAGCUACGCGGCCACCGGCCCAGACGAGUUUGCCAGCGACGACGAAGAAGCCGAAAUUAUUGGUACCAGGCUCAUCAGCUUUGACUUUGAAGCCUCUGAGCCCAUGCCGGACCCGCAACACGCUUCUACCGCCGCGGACAACACCAACGCCCCUAAUACAAAUAGUUCCGGCAACACCGCCAUCAAUGCCAACACUCCUGACUUUUGGUCCGCCGAGCUCCGCCCGAACAUAGCGGACAGCGGGGGCCGACCAGGGGUUAGCUCAGCAGAUCAGCUGGAAUGCCCCGCGUACCGCGAGAACAUGCUCACGCGGCUGCCGGCCGUACUCGCCACGAGCGUGCUGGCUAUCGCGCCGGCACACCUGCUCACGACGUCCUUUGCGGGCAUGGCGUGGCUGCCCCUGGCAAGGUCGUACAUGGCGCGGUUGGGUCUGUCGCUGGAGGGGGUGCAUGAGCGGCCCGUCGAGUGGAUGAUAGGAGGAGGAGCGAUUCCGGGGAGGGGGCUGGUGAACAUGCUGGGCCUGGAACUACUCCUCACAGUGGUCCAGGGGGAGGCGUGGAGUUUGAUGAUGCUGCUUGCCGAGAGGUUCAAGUAUACCGAGGAGGAAUGGACUGUCAAAGAGGCAGUCAAGAGAGGUGGGGAGUGGAGUUAGAUGUUCUCUUCAGGGGACAGGAACGGGAUACCACCGAUGAAUUUGCGUCGUUAACUGUGUUCGUAACUUGUAGUGUCAUGAUUCAUUACGCAUUGUCAAUUACUGCAAACAAGGAGGAAUAGGCAGAUUUACGCCCUUUGACCAG